UUUUACUUUUAACGCCUUCCGGGUUUCAGUCCGUCCAUUCUCACUCCAUCGAAAUUGAGGUCACACAGAAGAACUGAAGAGUGACAAAAAUGGCAAAGUCGUCGGCGACCAAAGACGCCCAAGCUCUUUUCCAUUCUCUCCGUUCUGCUUAUGCCGCAACUCCGACGAAUCUCAAGAUCAUUGAUCUAUAUGUCAUCUUUGCGAUCUCUACUGCCUUAAUUCAGGUGGUAUACAUGGCUAUUGUUGGAUCAUUUCCAUUCAACUCUUUUCUCUCUGGGGUGCUUUCCUGUAUUGGCACAGCAGUCCUUGCUGUUUGUCUUCGGAUCCAAGUAAACAAAGAAAACAAGGAAUUCAAGGAUUUGCCUCCGGAACGUGCUUUUGCAGAUUUUGUUCUCUGCAAUUUAGUGCUCCAUUUGGUGAUCAUGAACUUUCUUGGCUAGAUUGAGGCACCAAAUCUCAAAAAUGUCACUCUUACAAAUCUUGGUGAUUUUUAUGUAAGAAUAAUAUAGAGUCAAUCGUAAAGGAUUUUGUUAGGUCCUCAGAAAUAUUAAGUUUCCCAUACAUGAAACUAUUAACAUUCAUGAAUCUUAUAUGAGUAUGAGUAAGUAGACAAUCUUUGGCCCUUCUGAAUUCUAUAGCCCAAAAAGGAGCCAAACUUUUUCGGUAUCAAAUUAUUUUGCCUUUUUCUUUCCAA